AUGGAAUCUCGCGCUAAAUCUACAACCGAAUCUGAUAAAGAAGUUCCACCCUUAAAUAUGUAUAGCCAUUUAAAUGUCCAAAAUUUAUCAGAAGUUCUUUUGUCAACCGCCUUGAUCGAUAUUAUUGAUAAUGAAGGAAAAAGUCAUGUGUGUAGGGUUCUGCUCGAUAGUGGCUCUCAACCUAAUUUAUUAACAAAGGAUUUAGCUGAUCGAUUGAAAUUGAAAAAGAGAAAAUUAGAAUCAUCGGUUGAAGUCAUAAAUAGUCAACAGCUUUCUUGUAAUGAAUGGAACUUGAUUUCCUUGUACUUCCUAAAAUUACUGAUCUGGGAUACUGGGAUUGCUGGGUACAUACCCAGCAAUCCCAUAAAUAAAAAAAUCCUUAACAUUCCUGAUCGUAUUCAACUUGCUGAUCCAUACUUUGAUAGGCCAGCAACAAUUGACGCAUUAAUAGGAGGAGAUUUAUUUUAUGACCUAUUAUUGACAGAACGAGUUAAACUUGCUUUACCACGAACAAUGCUUCAAAAUUCACACUUGGGUUGGAUAGUGACAGGAAGAGUUGGAUGUGCCCAAGGUCAUAAGGGUUUAAAGUCAAAUUUGAUCAGAGAUCCAUUGGACAAUUUGCUGCAAAAACUCUGGGAAAUAGAGCAUCUUGAAGAUAAACAACAUCUUUCAUCUGAAGAAGAAGAGUGCGAACGUCAUUUUUCAUUGAAUAUUGGAAGGGACGAAGACGGUCGCUACGUGACUCAUCUGCCAUUCAAUGAGAAGGUUCAGGAUUUGGGAUCAAAUUUUGAAUUGGCGAGAAAACGAUUCUUUGCAAUGGAACUUCGAUUGGAUAAAAACAAGAACUUGCGUGAUCAAUACAAUUCAUUUAUGAAGCAAUAUGAAGACCUCGGACGCAUGGUACGUUUGCCUUUUAUAGACAAAAAGAAAUAUUUUAUUCCACAUCAUGCCAUAUUUAAGGAGAACGAUUCAAUAAUCAAAUUCAGGGUAGUCUUUGAUAGAUCAGCUGAUUCGGAUUCUGGACUCUCUCUGAAUGAUGUACUACAAAUUGGACCAAAUAUUCAAGAUGGAAUAUUUGAAAUAAUUCUUCGUUUUCGGAAACACAUUUUCUUAUUCAGCGGUGACAUCGAAAAGAUGUACCGACAAUUUUUAAUUCAUCCUGAGGAUUGUCGGUAUCAGCUGAUUCUUUGGCGGGCAAGUAGUAGGGAACCAUUGCAGGCAUUUCAACUCAGGACUGUGACAUAUGGGACAUCAGCAGCACCUUACCUGGCAACUCGCUGUUUAAAACAGCUUGCAAUAGACGAAGAAGAAGAUUUUCCUGAUGCUGCUGAAGUGCUAAGGGAUGACCUUGUGGAAUUGGUAGGAAAAGCUGGAUUGCAACUGCGAAAAUGGACAGCAAAUGACGAGAGACUGCUUCAGGGUUUGCCGAAUUGUGGUGAAAAGGGUGAUCAACAGCUCUGCAAGGAUCAGGUUAACAAAAUGUUGGGUGUUGCCUGGAACUCUGUGGAAGAUGCCUUUCAAUGCAAGGUCAAUGUGAAACCGAUGAAUGAUCUUAUUACAAAGAGAUCAAUUUUAGCACAGAUUAAUGAAUUAUACGAUCCUUUGGGUUUGCUUGCACCAGUCAUUGUCUACGGGAAGAUGCUGCUUCAGGACCUGUGGAGACUGAACAUUGGUUGGGAUAAUCAUGUUCCCGACGAAUUAUCAUCUGUUUGGCGAGCGUAUCGUGAUCAGCUAAAUUUAACAUCUGAAUGGAAACUUCCACGCUCGAUCAAGGUCACGUCCUCGAAUGCGCUUCAGUUGCAUGGGUUCGCUGAUGCCAGCGAGAAAGCGUAUGGGGCAUGUUUCUAUGUUCGAGCAUCAAAUGAUCAACACACUUCAUCGGUACUCUUGUGCGCUAAAUCACGAGUAGCGCUAGUUAAAAAGAUUACCAUCCCUAGAUUGGAAUUGUGUGUUGCAACACUUUUGGUCAAACUGCUAAAAACAGUCAUUUCUACGAUAAAUUUACAAUUUUCCAAGAUCAUACUGUGGUCAGAUUCCACAAUAGUCUUAAAUUGGAUUAAAACAUCUCCUCGUUCUCUACAAACUUUCGUUGCCAACAGGGUGAGUGAAAUUCAGUCAGUUGAUCAAGAUGUGGAAUGGAAGCACGUUCCAACCAAGGACAAUCCUGCUGAUCUCAUCUCGAGAGAAUUGUGGAAACGUAUUUCUUCGCUCAAUGGAUUGAUCAGAUUUGUUGCAUUGUGUUUGAGAUUUAUCAAGAAGUGGCGAACAAAAUCUAUAAGCACUGAUUCAUUUGUGGAAGAGCAUAGGAAUGCACUGAAGAGAAUAAUACAGCUGAUCCAGCAUGAUGAGUUUCAUGAAGAGAUGAAAGCAUUGAACAACGAGCGAGAGGUAUCAACGAGAUCGACGAUUUUUACUUUAAAUCCAUUUGUGGAAGACGACACGCUACAAGGAGAGUCGGAAAAAAUUGAGGUUGGAAGAUUGGUUGUUUUGAGAGAAGAAAAUUUGCCUCCAUUACGGUGGCUGCUAGGUAGAAUUGCCGAAGUGCAUCCAGGUGAUGACGGCGUGAUUAGAGUAGUAACUGUAAGAGGGAAAAGGUGUGAUGGCCUUGAUUGA